AUGCUGCACCACUCAAACGAAAACAACACACCUAAUGCAGCAGAAGGCAGUCCGCCGGCGAUAUUCUCAAAAUCCCACGACAGCCGGCCAGCUGAUAUCUCUGCUGAAGAUGUGUGGUAUCAUGGAGAAUUAAACGAACACGACGCCAAUCGCUUGCUACAGGGCACCACUCCCGGCGCAUUUCUAGUCCGCCAAACCGGUCCGACACGCUUCUAUUUAUCGAUUCUCGACAAUGACGGGUACCCGAAACAUAUACCAAUUCGCCAACUCACCACACCACACUAUUUUUUCGAAGGAAAACGAUAUGAGAAAUUGAGAGAGAUUGUCGAGGCAUUCAAAUCGGCACUUUUUCCGAUUCGAAAAGGAGGAAUUAUGCCGUUGAAUGGGGAAAUCGUCGAAAUCAAAUAUUUGUGCAUUCGAAGCUUCGAAAAACGCAAUUCAGACGAGAUGACAGCGGAACUUGGGGAUAUCUUAACACUCUGUGAGACGGAUGAAAUCGGUUGGAUGAUGGGACGAAAUGAGGCAAACGGAUCGGUUGGAAUUGUUCUAAAAUCACAUUUAAAACCUUUGAUCUCCACAGUCGACUCGCUAUCCGAUCUACCGUAUUUCUAUGAUACAGUAACCCAAGAAAUGCUGCAAUUCAAUCCAAUUGGCACUUUCCUCCUAAGACGGUCGUCAAAAGGCACUGACACUUACGCUCUACUGGUCAAAACUCAAUUCGAUUUGAUUGAGAAAUUUCUGAUCGUCGGAUCACCGCCACGUGGAUUUAGUCUGGCUGGACGACCGUUUCCCACCAUUGGACACGUUGUUGCGAGAUACAGUGAACGAGCGAUUUCGGGAGGUGUCCGGUUGACACGUGCCGUUUGUGAUGGUGCUGAGGAGCAGCAACAAAUACGGAAGGCGUCUGGUCGAUCGGCAACAACUGAAAUCCGAUGGCCACCGUCAUCGGAGAAGACCUCGAUUGCGUCAAUGAGCAGUAGUCAGUACGAUGAUGUGUUAAAGGAGCGUAAAGAGAAAACUCGUCGAAUGUUCCGCGGCGCUUCCAUCGACACCGCUCUCGUCGCCACGUCAUCAGCAGCCACAACGUCUUCUACAUUCCUGACGCCUUCAGGAGCGAAUUCCAUGUCGACAGCGAUGCCGUCGCCAGCGAACACGAUUUCGACAGGAGUCCCGGAGCACAUGUUUGAUCAUCGCUUCAACUACGAGGACAUCAACGAGCUAUCGGAGACGAGUAGCACGAGUGCGACGACCGUCGCGUCGACUGUGGCACUGAGAAAAUCUCGAGAGGAUAAACAAUGGAAAGACUGCUGGCUGACACUGUCCGACAAUCCUUGCGGAUCAUCACAACUCUCGGUUUUCGAUUCACAGAAUUCAAAACUGCGUCAACAGCUGAAUCUAUCCACGUGUACAAUGUUUUGGCUCGACGAAUCCGUAUUCUCCGCCGACGGAUGUCUCUUCCUGGCGCCGCCAUUUCCAUCGAAUCAACCGACACUUUAUGUCUGUUUCCGCCCGUUUUCCACAUUUUUAAAAUGGGUUCGAAUGUUGCGAAGUCGUACAAUCUAUCAAGACGUGCCGCCGCCAAUGCUCCAAGGAACGAUAUCAGUGGGCGAACCCAACUCACAAGUCUCAUUCUUAUCAGUGGAAAUUGAUAAAUACCGGCUGGACUCGCUGAAAACUGAGCAAUUCUACUCGGCGUGCGUCUCGGUGAACGGCGUCAAAGUGGGCGUGUCGAAUUCGUUUGCACCGGCCGGAAAUAAGGGACCGAACGAGUUGGCGACAGUUGUCAUUGACUCGAAAUUUGUGAUUCCGUGCAUUCCGACGUGCUCGACAAACAUUCAACUCUCAAUGCUCUCCCACUCGUCUCAAACGAAAAAAGGCCGCCCGUGUGGAACUACAGUAACCGUCAGCCUAAACGAAAACAAUGAAAGUGUCAUUCAACAAUCCGUCGACACGGCUGGCUUCGUGUUUCGAGCACACCGGAUACGGUGCCCCGUGCUGCCGCUGGAACGCUAUCGGCCAAUGUUAGAGAUGUUGAGAGAAUCCCCAUCGCAACUGUUGUCAUGGCCAUCGCAGGUGCUUCCACUCCACUUGAAGCAAUUUAUGUAUUCGUGCAUUUCACAUUUAUACGCGCUCAGUCCGCAAAUGAUGAGCCCGGUGAUCAGAAAAGUGAUCCACGACGUUCUGACGACGUCAACACCAGAAGACGUGUUCCGGAAGGACUCCCUAGCAACUGGCAUCAUCACCCAAUGCCUCCGACACCUCUUCAAAACGCCAUUCGACGAAUUUCUUCUCGAAAAUUCGCAAUUCUCUCAAUCCCUAAAAUCCCCAGACGCCGCCGUCGAACUUCUCGUCCAAUUCGUCGAUCAACGUCUUCUAACGAUCCCUCUGGCGUCACGUCUUCUAGUUUUGGCUGCCGAGUGCGCUAGAGCGCGUUUCGACGGUGGAGAGGAGAGUCAUUUGGUGAAGCGAACGUUGAGUGCGCUGCUGAUUCUCCGCGUUCUGAAUCCCAUUGUUUUCUCGACGCUCAACAAUGGAAUCGGUAGUCAAAUUGCGAAAAAUGUGCAAAUUUCGGCGAAUUCGGCGGCGUCGCAGGCGACGAACGAGAGUCUGACGCCGGCGGCGAUGACGAUUCGACGGAUGUUUGAAAGGAUGAUUUUGUUGGUUGAUCAGCAACCCUCCAACACUGAAAAUCAAUAUCAAUCGAUAAUCAACUCGUCAUCAUCAGAGGAAAUUCACACGGAAUGGGUCUCGUGUCUCGCCUACAUCAUUGCUCAUUCUCUAACAAUUCGCCCGUCUGGAAAUGCCACCACGUCAUCAACAUCUUCAGAAGACGUGAAUCUUCCAAUUUCGAUUCUGGAGCUUGUACGCCUUCAUCAGAUGUAG